AUGAGCGGAAGUCCUUCCCAUGGACGCUCUGGGUCUGGCGACCACCGUCCCGCCCAACCCAGCGCUCUUCGCCAGAGUCACGUUCCCAGCAGCUCCUCGUCGGCUCAGAGUGUCGGCUCGAGACAAGACCGGAGCCCCGGCCCUGCCACCGAGUCCACGCCACUGUUCAUGCCGAUGCCUGCGGGCGGUGCGGUGGCCAUACAUGCAGGAGCUUGCUCCCACGGCACCUUUAGUCCUAGGGCUGAGAUACCAGAGGGACCUUCGCCGUGGGGUAACGACGAUGACGACGACGACGACGACGACGACGACGAUGAGUCCUCAUCCAAUGCGGACGCGGGAACCAUGAUACCUGCCCUUGACAAUGCCAUCUCGCACCUCGUGGGAAAUGAUGACUGGAAGAGGCGACUCGGCCGGGCCAUACGGACCAAGAAGAUGGGCCAGAGUAACGAGUUGGCCGAGCAGGCUGGGAUCCGCAACGUUAGCUUCCUGUAUCUGUCAUACUACAUCCCCUGCCUCACGUGGAUCAAGCAGUACAAGCUGUCCUAUCUGCAGGGUGAUCUGAUUGCCGCCCUCACCAUGGCUUCGUUCUACCUUCCUAUGGCCCUCUCGUAUGCCUCCAACCUUGCUCAUGUCCCGCCCAUCCACGGACUCUACGGUUUCGUCAUCAACCCCUUCAUCUACGCUGUCUUUGGCUCCUGCUCUCAGCUCGUCGUAGGCCCUGAGGCUGCCGGUUCUCUCCUCGUCGGCGCCGCCGUCAAGUCUACGGUUGACGCCGGCGAGGACGGCGAGAACGAUGUUUUGGCCAACGCGCGUGUCUGCGGUGUCAUCACGGGCAUGGCCGGGGCCAUGGUGCUCAUUGCCGGAAUCGUCAGGCUCGGCUUCCUCGACAGUGUCCUGAGCAGGCCGUUCUUGCGUGGCUUCAUCAGCGCUAUCGGCUUCGUCAUCGCCGUUGACCAGCUCAUCCCCGAGCUGGGCUUGGCCGAUCUGGCACUUGAGGCGGGCGUCAGCCACGGCAGCAGCGCCGACAAGAUUGCCUUUUUGGUGCACAAUGCCAGCAGAGUGCACAAGCCUACUUUCAUCAUUGCUGCCACCAGCUUUAUUGUCAUCAUGGUCUUCCGCGAACUCAAGAAGCGACUCCAGCCCCGCUUCCCAUCCAUCGUCUUUAUGCCCGACCGCUUCCUCGUCGUCCUCAUGUCCGUCAUCCUCUGCGCGCACUACCGGUGGGACAAACUCGACGUUGAGAUCCUGGGUACCGUCAAGGCUGCCACUGGACAGAUAUUCAAAUUCCGUUUCCCCUUUGAGGCCUCGCAGAUGAAGCACAUCCGCAGCGGCAUGUCGACGUCGUUCCUCAUCGCACUUCUCGGCUUCUUCGAGUCGUCGGUCGCUGCCAAGAGCAUCCCGGGGAACGGCGCCAUCCAAGGCAUGCAGCUGAGUGCCAACCGCGAGCUUAUUGCUCUGGGAGUGGCCAAUUUCGUCGGCGGAAGCUUCCUCAGUAUCCCUGCAUUUGGUGGCUACGGGAGGAGCAAGGUCAAUAUACAGACUGGUGGCAAGACGCCCAUGAGCUCAGUGUUCCUGAGUCUCUUCUCACUUCUCUGCGUCUUGUUUCUUCUCCCCUACUUUUACUACCUGCCUAAACCCGUCCUGUCAUCCAUGAUUUCAGUCGUGGCCAUUUCACUCAUGGAAGAGGCGCCGCAUGACAUCUCCUUCUUCUGGAAGAUUCGCGGGUGGAACGAGCUAGGCCUCAUGAUGCUCAUCUUCAUGUCGACCAUCUUCUACUCACUGACCAUGGGCAUGGCUCUGGGUGUGGGCGUAUCCCUGCUGAUGGUGAUUCGGCACAGCACGCGUCCGCGCAUUCAGAUCCUGGGACGUAUUCCGGGCACCAGCCGGUUUGAGAAUGCCGAGACGAGCGAAGCAUCGCGUCUCGAGUUCAUCGAGGGUUGCCUGAUUGUCAAGAUUCCCGAGCCCCUGACGUUUGCCAACACAGGCGAGCUCAAGGCACGACUGCGACGCCUCGAGAUGUACGGUACACCCGCGGCACAUCCCGCUCUCCCCCGUCUACGCAGCUCCGAUGCGAACCGCAACGUCAUCUUUGACAUCCACGGCGUCACGUCGAUUGACGGAUCAGGAAUGCAGGUUCUGGCGGAGAUCGUAGCCGACUACCAUGACCGGGGCGUGCGCGUCUUCUUCUCCAGGGGCCCCUCGCCUCACAGCAGAAACUCGGUUUGGCGACUCAUGGAGAGCAGUGGCGUCGUGGAGAUGUGCGGGGGAGCGCACCAUUUUGUAAAUGAUGUACAGGAGGCUCUUCGCCUGACGGAGUAUGAGGAGAGUAUGUCUGAUGUGAGGUAG